AUGUUCCUUCGUCUUCAAGAUCGACGAGUGUGGCACGCCCACGGCAUCCAAUGCUGGUUCUUACGUCGCUCAUACUUGCGCUACGUGCCAUUCCCUUACGCUUCGGUGGCAACUCCAGGCCAGUGGAGUAUGCAGGCCGCACAAAUGGUUCAGAAUGGAUCCCUGCCCAAAGCUCAUUUGACUCGAGCUUCGAAGCUGCAGGCCUUUACGACAUCCAAUCUCAAGGACUUGCACUUCAUCCGCAACAAGGUGGGGCUGGAGUGGGCCUUUCUGGAGGAUCCAUUGCUGAUGGGAUUGCUGGCCGCCAAGUCCAGCAAGGGCAUGUCGCUGGCCAUUCGAAAGGCCGCCAUGAAAGAGGCGGAGGAAAAGGCCAAGCAAGCCAGCGCGGAGGGCAAGACCGAAGAGAUGGCCCGGACUCUUCUUGGACCAAGGUGGACUUCCGACGAUCCGUCGAGACCUUCUACAAUUGGCAGCUUCGUUGAAGAUCGAUUUGGCCCCAAAGGCCACCAACGAAGAGAUCAAAGCAGUCUGCUGCCCCAUGGUCCAAGCUCUGAUGGCCAAGCCGGCACCAAAGACGGCGUCCACGGCAAGUUCAUCGGCCCCUCCUGGGCUCGAAAGCCCACAGCCCAAGGCAUUGGCCAGCUCAGCUCAGAAUCCAGGUGUUUCUCUGGAUCAGGUUCAAUGCUGGACAUGCAAGAUCAAAAGUUCCGGUUGAUGAUGGAGCAAGUCACCCAACACGUGAUGUCAACGGAACAGUGGGAACGUGUGAUGGGCGACGAUAAGCGGAUGGCAGAUUCUCCUCCGAGAAUGCCCCAAGUGCAUCCGGCACUCUCUCCGAAGCAGCCGGGCGCUCCAUCCAUGCUGGCCUGGAAUCAGCAUUGCAGUGAUCAUCGCAAAGUCUCCACGUCAGCCAAAGAGGUUUUUGAAGUGAUGGUUCGUGACUAUGAGAAUGAGUUUGACGGCUUCCUUGAUGAGGCCUUCCUCCAUGCCAUUGACCUCACAGCAUGUGAUGAAAAGCCGUUUGUCUCUGAGGUCUACACGACCAGCCAGCGAGUCCUCAAGGAAGCUAGCAAACGCGGGCACAAGAUAGGCUCUGCUUUGAGUCUUGACACAGGUUGCGACUUCCUCAAUCCAGCCCACCGGCAGAAAGCCAUUGACAAGCUGAAAGAGGAGAAGCCUGAGUUUCUUGUUGUAGCCUUUACUAGUGGUCCUUUUAGCCCUCUUCAACGCCUUCGUCCUUCCUCUACCUUGAAGCAAAGACAAGAAGAUGGCAGAGUUCUCAUGGAUUUUGGACUUCAACUCUGUCGUAUCCAGCGUGAAGGGGGAAGACAUUAUGUUUUGGGGGGCAGCUCUGCGUGGCACGAGCCUUCCAUGAUGAAGUUUCUUGAAGAAGUCAUCUCAGAACUGCAUGGAAAAGUUUGCAUGCGUGAUCAUACCCAUGUCCCUGUGAUGGGCGGCUCCAAGUACACGUCUCAUGCGGGAUUGUACUCGCCUCAACUGGCACGCGCCAUGUUGCGAGGCAUGGAGAAGCAGUUUGAGAAGGAUCAUGCUCGAGUUCAAGAAGCCCUGGCUUUGGAUUCUGGUGCAGCCAACGGUGAUGUUGUAGAAGAAGAUCCUGGCGGCCUGUUUGCAGAUGAAGUUGGUAGUGAAGGUUCUGAUGUCGAAGAAAGUGAGUUCUCUGGCUACAAGGUCCCUGCUCAGCUGGAGCAAACAAUUCGACGUCUCCAUGAAAACACUGGACACAGAAGCAAUCGACGGCUUGCUCGUGCAGUGGCAUUGGCGGGUGCACCUCCUGAGGCUGUGGUGGCUGCAAAACGUGAUCAAGUUCAUGUGGAUUUACUUGAAAUCUUCGACAUCAAUGAGCACAAGUACGUUGUUGCCCAUGCUACUGAUGCGGCCUCUCGCUUCCAGAUGGCAGACAUCAUUCCCAACAGGAGCUCAGAUGCCGUCAUCAGAUUCCUGAAGACAAAGUGGCUUCCGUUCCUCGGACCGCCACGUGUGCUUGUGGCCGAUCAGGGACGUGAGCUCAUCAGCAACCUCGCCAGUUUGGCGAUGCACUUAGUACCAAAGCCCGUCUCACUUGAUGAUCGUCCUAGCCUUGCUCGUCAACUUGCCAUGAGAGAGGCUGCCAAGGUUGCCAUGUGCCGACUGCAUGUCUCAAGGGGAUUGAGGAAAGCAGAGCUUGCAAGAUCCAGGACCUCUACCAUCACAGAAGCUCCAGCGCCUGGUGAUUUGGUUUUCUAUUGGAGAAUGACCAAGUACAACAACAAGACUCAACGAAGUCGCCGCAAGCUUUCACUUCGACGUUGGCAUGGCCCUGGACUUGUUGUGGCCAUUGAAGGCAAUAGCAGUGCCUACAUUAGUCACAAAGGCCAACUCACGAAGUGUGCCCUUGAACAUGUGCGCCCAGCUUCAGCGAUAGAAAGUAUUGCUGCUGGCGUGUGGCGAGAUGCCAUUGAAGAUGUGGUUGCUGAGCCCAUUCAGUAUUCGACUGAAAAGGGAACUCGUGCGGAAGCUGGUGGCAACGGCGGUUCCGAUGGACUUCGGGGUGAGUUGCUCGAUGGACUUCGGCCAGUGGAGUCUCCACAGGCACAGCACUCUCCAAGAGAACACAAGGCCUUGGACUUGGAUUUUGGCCGUUCUCUCGCCUUGGAUUUACCACCAGUCUCUCCGCAAGAAAUCAUCUCAUCAAUGCAAGCUCCCAGCAGAGGUUCUAGCAGCAGCAUUUCCCCUUCACCUUCCACCUUGCCUUCUGCAGAAUCCUCACGAAGAGCUAGCGGUGUCAGCAGCCUGGCACGCCUGUUGGAGAUUUGGUUGGAGAGGAAACUUGUGGAAACGAACGUCCUGCUGACGUCCCCCCUGAAGCUCUUCAACAGGGCACUGUUGAACCUGCAGCAGCCUUGGAUGCCCCUAGCUUGUUUCUCUUUGCGAGAUUUGGUUGACGGGCUCAAGGGUGAGAUCAACGCUGAUGAAGCUUAUCCUUGUGAUCGCGGAAGUUGGGAUGGUAGAUGGGGAAUGCCCAGUCGCACUGAAUGGGGAGCUCGCAAUCGGCUUGGAUUUUCAUGGCCGAGUGGUGCUCAAGAGAUCAAUGCAGUGCAGACCGCACGCAAAGAGUAUCAUUGGAGCAGCAUGUCCCCUUCAGAAAAGACUGAGUUUGAGACUGCAGCCAAGAAAGGUUACAAGGACACUUUGUCCUAUUCCUUGCGGAAGGAUGCCCCGACAGCAAGUCGAAUUUCUCAGCUUUUCCUGCUAGCCCUGUGUGCCUCAUGUUUCUUCGAUGGCUGGCGAUUGGUUUCUGCUGACAUCAAGUCCACCUUCCUCAAGGGACUAGCUCGCAUCAAGAAGGGAGUCUUUGGUUUAGCUGAUGCCCCUCGACAAUGGUUUCUUCGUUUGGCAGAGCGUGGAUGGGAAAGUUCGCCUUUUGAUGCAGCUUGCUGGUUGCUUUGGAAGCCUGAUCGCUCUGGACGUCAUGGGAUGAUCAUCAGCCAUGUUGAUGACUUGCUGCUUGGAGGUGAUAGCGUUGCUAAACGUCAGCUCGAGACAGUUCGAAUUCCUGUCAAGCGCAAGCAGUCUGACGCUCCUCUGAUGCCCAGCGAGCUGAAGCAGUUGAGAGCCAUCCUCGGCUCCUUGCAGUGGUUGGUAGCACAAGUGCGUUUUGACCAGGCCUUUGCCUUAUCGACACUUCAGGGCGAGAGACCAACGAUUACCACGUUGAUGAAGGCAAACCUUUUGGUCAAGCGUUUCAAGGAGUUGCCUACGUUUUCCUUAGUCUUCAAACCUAUGGAUUUGGCAGAUGCUGGUACCCUGGUGGUGUCUGAUUCCAGUUUGGGAAACGUGUUGCCAAGAGUCUGUCGCAGCACUUACGCGGCAGAGUUGCUGGGUGUUGAGGAAUCCGUGGACGUGGGCCAGAUGGUGCGUGGUUUUUGGGGUGCAAUUUGUGGCCUUCCCGUUUUGGUGAAGCGAAGCUCCGUGGAAGCCAUUGCCCUGACAUGUGUCACUGACGCCAAAGAUGUGUAUGAUCGCAACACAGUUGACACGGCUUCCUAUGGAUCGCAGAAGAGCCUGUGCUUUACGAUCGCAUGGCCGAGAGCUCAACUGAGAAGACCUCGAACUGACAUCAAGUGGACUUCCACUGACAAUAUGUUCGUGGAUGGUGGCACCAAAGAGAACUUUGACCUGACCCAUAUGCAGAAGAUCCUGCAGAGUUGCAGGUGGAACGUUUGCUAUGAACCGAAGUUCGUCAAGCAAGGCGCCAAACGAGCAAAGGGCAGCAACCUAUCUGAUGGUGCUGUAAUCACUGGUGAGCCUCUGGAUCCAAGUAGCCCCAUUCUUGGCUAUUUGAUGAAGCUUGGUGAGACUUCUGGAUGGCACUUCAAAGAUGGAAUCCCAGUACAAGUGGCACGAAAUGCUCGAUCCUUUCGCCUGCCAAACCCUCGUUUCGAUGCACUGCAGUAUCCGAAGAGAAGCUCCUAUGGUCGCUUUGAUUUCAAUGAUGGCCGUUGUGAGUGGCGAAAACUGGAAGAUCACGUACAGUAUGAUCUUUUACAAGUGAAGCAGGGUUUGAUUGGCGAUGAAGCAUCCGUGCUAGUGACCUUUUUCCAUGGUCACAUCCGAAUGCAUCGCCUGAUUUGUGGGCUCGAACUGUCUUGGUUGGCCAAGUUGGGUGGCCGACGCCUGCAGGCGCCCAAGGCGCGUGGGCCCGCACCCUCCGUGGCCAGGUGGUUGGCUGAUCGGGGCGCUUUGACAGCAAAAACGGAGAGGUGCAAAGAUUGGGAGAGGCCAAGCGCAAGCCGGGUGAUGCCAGUGCUCCCUGGUGCUCCAGCAGUUCACCUGUUGGGAGCGAAGACGGCUCGGCGGCGCGGGAAGUGUAGACUACACCGAGUGCUGGCGGGGAAAGGCUCAGAGGAGUUCAAGGAGGACUUGGAGGCUUUGAGCUUGGAAGACUCCUUGACCUUGCCACCACUCCGAAGCGAGAAAGUGGCAGCAGGAAAGAUCUUGGAGCAGUUUGCACAUGGAUCCAGCAUAGGCUACGGAAGUGUCUUCUGCACUGGACAAGAUGUACCGCCCGGGCUUCACCCACAAGGCAAAAAACGGACGCAUCGACCAUCUAUGAUGCGCGUCUAUUCAGGAAACAGCAUGUGCCUGUCACAAAGCUUGGCUGUCAGCGAGGGGAAGCGACGUGAGAGCAUGGUAUCGCUUGCAUCAUAUCAACUUGGGCACAGUCUUGAAGAACUUGAAGUCCAAGAAGAGCCAGGUGCCAGCUCACCCAUUGAGAAGUUCCUUGCAGAGGAGGAAGCAGACAAGCUCAUGGCCUUACCAUUUCAGGACAUGAAUCAGGAGGGGCCAAUGCUACCAUGGGAGCCCGCCAGACACUUUCUGAAGCCGGGCAGUAUUGCCACGGUUCACACCUCUCGUGCUCAGAGUGCACGUGUGUUGUCGGAACGGAGCGAACGGAGCGGCCCGCCCAAAGAGUCCGCAAAGCUGCAUGGACACACCUGGUCCACUGGGCCAUGGCUCAACAGGCUACCUGAUCGGAAAUGGCAUCUGCGACAAGCUUCGAUUAGUGCGUCAGUAGCAAGCCGCGCCUAUCCCGGCCGGCCGGUGGUGACUCUCAAAGAGCUGGGGUCCUUGGAAGCGCCAGGUUCUCCGCGACUUGGUUCCAUGCAGACCGUUGAGUACAUGCACUUUCAAGGUUGGAGUUUGGACGAUGACUACGCUUGCACUCUUUUCCGACAGAUCAGACUUCAAGAACUUUGUAUGAUCAACCUCUCAGACAAUCGCUUGACGGAGAACUUCGUGAAUUUCCUGCUGGAGGUCUCUGAGCAUCAACCGCUACAGAAUCUUCACAGCCAAGCUGUCGCAAAACUGCUCGAAACGGUCAAGUGCCCACUACAACAUCUUGACAUCUCGGACAAUGCCAUAGGUGAUGCGGCUGCAGCACAGAUCUGUGACUCCCUCCGACAGGCAUGUCGACUGAGUCUACAGGGCCUUUCUAUGGCCAAGAAUCAAUUGGGUGCAGCACGUUUCGGGACGUCGCUUCAAGCCCUGCUACCGCAAGCAGUUCAUUUGCAGGCCCUGGACCUCCACUGGAAUAAGAUUGAUGCUGGCGACGCCAGUGCAAUCUUUCAGGGUUUAAAGACCAACUCCAGACGGAAGGGGCACCUGUGGUGCUUGAAUUUGGCCUGGAAUUGCAUUGGCCUGCGAUGCCAGGGCUCUUCCGGUUCCUGCAGCUGCGAACUUUGCAAUAACUGCAGCAAAGCGGUCAAGACCCUGGCGAGCGUCUUUUCAGAAUGCGAUACCCUCUUCCACUUGGACCUCUCCUACAAUAGUUUGUCUUCAGCAGACUGCGAAGUCUUCGCUGAAGCUCUAAGGGCCAACCACACGCUGUUUGGGCUACACCUGGCAGGCAAUGGUGCCUAUGUCGAUGACAUUGGCAUGGUCCAAGUGGAAUUGGCACAUGGGGAGGUGAAGCUGGCCGAGCCCUUUAGUCCAUCGCUGAGACGAGUGGAGAAAUCCGAUGUCUUCUCAGAGGGCGAUCUGGGCUUUGAAAAGGCCUGGUUGGGCGUGCAUGCGAAAGUGCAGCCUGCUCUCUUCUCAUCCCGGCUGGAGGAGGUCAGUGCCCGAGAAAGCUGCUGCUGGAUCUGUGAGAACUGGGUGGAGCAGGAGGUGUGCUACAUCCCAGGUUGGUCAGGCCCAAUGUCUGGUGCUGAAGUGCAGGAGGUCUUCGCAUACUUCAGUGUUGAUGGCUAUUCCAGGCCCAGUCGAUUGAGCCGGAGACUGGAUCGCUUCUGGGCACGGGACUUUGCGCAGGGUCACGAAGCCGAAGCCGAGUGGCUACGGGAGCCUUACCUCGAAAAUGGUCGCGUGAUUUGCUUCCGCGGUUCGCGCAUGCUGCCGCCCAGCUACGAGCGUAUCCAGGUGAUCUUUCAGGUGAAUCAGCAGCUUUGCUGCGCCAAGCAUUUACCGGUGGUCGCUCUCUUCAGUGAGACCUACAUCCAGCUGCAUGGAGACGGCCGCCAGAAUCCUCAGGAUCCGUGUCCUCCGCUGCCAAUUCCUUUGGACAAAGAAGCCAUCAAAAUCUUUGAAGCCAACGAGAUAAAGGUACAUCUCAGUGCAAAAGCCAUUUUCGAGCAAAGAGCCGGUGACGCGCUGUUCUUGUUGGAGGACCCACGAUUGCGCAGCACGGGCGUCGCACCGCGCACCCUUUCGGAGAGCGUGGAGAAACGGCCAUGGAGCUUCGGGAAGUCCAUUUUCAAGGACUAUGCAAGAGAUGCAAAGAUCAUCAUUAGCGAAUGCUUCUACAAAGACUAUGCGCUUACAAGGCUGGACCGACUCUGGAAAAAGUUGCAAAAGGAUCGCCGUUGUGACGUUGCUUCGGUUCUGACCCUCUUGGAGUCUCAGUAUGAAGCGUUUCUAGCAGCCUAUGGAUUUGAGUCAAUGAUGGAUUGCAGCGGCAAAAGUUGCGGACUGUCCCUUGCCACCUUCUCUCGUUUGUUGAUGGGAUCUGACGGCGAAAGGUACCUCCAAGGCAGUUCUCCGAUGUUUACGUCGCGUUCGAUGCGUGCCAAUGUGACGUCUGUGCCGUCCCGUCGCUCAAAGCGCGCAACGGAGUUAUCAGAGGGGAAUCCCAGGAUUCCGCGAAGUGCCCAAGCGGCAGACAUUCUGAAGGCGAGAUCGGUCAUGGUUUCGCAGCUUGACGAGACGCAUCCUUUAAAUGAAGGCUUCAAUUUUGGCAAAGCUGACGCCAUCUACACUGCAGUGUUGGUAGACUUGGAUCAUUUAGAUUCGAAGGCUUGGAAGGGUUUACCUGCAGAUGGACUUGCUCGAUUCCAAUUCCUGGAGGUGAUAGUGAACUGCGCCAUGUCAUCAGAGACCUUCAGUCCAGUUGGCACCUUGCGUCAUUGGAUCAAGUGCUUGGGCCUGGGGCAGCAGGUCAUGAAACACAGGAUGUCCUACAGCGCCUUCGUGCAAUUUUUGGAGGAUUGCAAAGUGCCCACGUUGGAAUGGCCGGACUUCCGGAUGGCCUUCGCUUUGGGCAAGGAGCUUUGUGUGGAACAACAUCGGAGCCUUCGACACAUGGUCUUGAGCUGGAGUGAGUUCCUGGUUUGCACCGCCGCGGCGGUAUACCUUUCUGGAGAUUUCCCCAUCGAUCAGCUGGCGGACAGGCUACUGGACUUUCUGCUGGAUUCCUUGCCCGAGGCCCUGCGUGCCGGACGCGCGGCAGAGAUGGAAGAAGCGGGGUACCUGGUGGCGGGAGGUGACCCACAAACCGUGAAGUUGGUUGCCCUGUUGACUCGGAUCUUUACGGAUGCUGAUGAGGAUGGCUCUGGCUGGCUGACGGUGCAUGAGUUUGUGGAGGCAGUGCAGCAACCCCGGGUGAUGGCGAGUUUGGAGGAGUUGGGCGUGGUUGUGGGAGACGUGAAGCUCCUUUUCGUGCGAAUGGAUGUGGAUGAUUCAGGUGAAAUUUCCCUGCGGGAGUUCAUCGAGGGUCUCCUGAAGCUUCGCCAAGAGAUGAUUGUCCUGGAUAAAGGCAUCCGGGCCAUGCGGAAGGUGCCGGCUCUACACUGGGAGUGGGAGGGGAUGCCCAAAUUUGCUCCAGAUAUGAGGGAUAUUGGGGCCUUCUUCAAGCUAGAGACCAAGUAUGGAACGGGCCAAGUGACCAAGGAACAUUUCAUGGAUUAUGUGAGGAAUCCAAGGAAUGCUGACGAACUGAAGAAGAAGGGUAUCAGUGAGUCAGAUAUCAGCGACCUUUGGGCGGCUGCCCAGCAGGCAAAGAAGGAGAACUCAACCAUCACAGCAGAAGCCUUGGUGGCUGGCUAUAUGGAUCUACACCUGGAAAAAGGCCGAAUCAUCCGAGCUAUGAAUUUCUUGAACUCGAUUUUCAAGGUGGCGGAUGUUGAUGGCAGUGGUGCACUGAGCAAAGAGGAGGUCGGCAAGUACCUCUGCCGACAGGAGGUCACUGACAAGCUGGCCUCAUUAAAGCUCUUCGUGCCGGACUGGCUAGAGAUGUUCGAUGCCAUGGACGUGGAUGGGGAUGGGGAUCUUACCUGGGCUGAACUGUCUACAGCCAUGCAGCGCUUUUGGGCACAAGUCUCUCAUGGAGACGGGUCACCUGGCAGCGAGUCCGGAGCGGUGUCUCGGAGUGUCCGAUUCUGA